AUGGCAAAACUUUACUGCGAUGACAACUCUUGGGCGGCUGGAACGUGCACUCAUCUGGGAGGCCAAAGCUUCCAACUUACCCCCAGCGACAACACUGAUUCUGCAGGCGCCAUUUGGAACUACAUAGGCCAAUCUCUCGAUCUUACCCAAUCCUUCAUGGCAGAGGCAGAUCUAAAUAUGAUGAGUAACGGUUCAAGGGAUGGUGGCAUUGCAUUUGUUUUGCAAGAAUGCGGCACGGAUUGUCUUGGUGCAAGCGGUUCUGGUCUCGGCUACAGACACCUGGACUCGUCUGGCGGAACCGUUAAGGCGAUUCGUGUAGAUUCCUACACUGGCGGGGGACGUCAAACAGAAGAUUCCCAUGUCUCCAUCUGCGAGGAAAGGACCGGGGCCUUGAAGUGUGGGCCUCCAGUCAACAUUGGCUACGCUAGGGAUGGUUUGAACCACACUCUUCGAAUAUUGUAUUACGCACCUUCUACGCUCUUGCAAGUGCACUGGGACGGCCGAAUGGUUCUUUCUGAAACUGUAAACUUGAGGGUUGCCAUGGGCACUCCAGAGGUCCUUUGGGGCUUUACAGCCUCGGGCCAACAUCAGGUGGUGCACUUGAAGAGCAUAGAGACUGGCGACAUUUCAGAACCCACUGCAUCUCCCGUUGCCAGAAGCGGUGCCACUCCGUCCAUUUCUCCUUCAGCUCAUGUGACGGUCGACCCAGUGAUCUUUCAGGAAGACUUUGAAUCAGAAACUACGGACUUUCUGUACUCGGACAACUUGUUCUUGGGCACCAAGGCGGAAACAUCUUACAUGGACGGCGAGCACAGUGACUCUGAAUGGGGCAGGUAUUCUCGAAAUGAUGUCGGAGAUCCAAAACCUAGUGGAGGGCUUCGACUGCAGAUUGCUACUGAAGGGACCAUGUCCCUUCAAUACUCUGCUGGAUGGGAAGUCUCAUUUGACUUGGUCGAGUUUGUAGAGGCUGCUGUGGUGUCCUUUCAGUACCGAGUCAGGUUGGAUGACGGUUUUGGUGAUGGCGACCAAGGACAGGUUCUCUUUGACCUGGACGGGAGCUUGACCAUGGUCGACACCUUCAAUGGAUCUGAUUCCUACCAAGAAGAUUGGAAUUGGGCUUCAGUCAAUGUUGGCUUUUUGGCUGUAGGAAGACACACUGUAAAGCUGGGUGCCUGGUUUUCUCAAGCCACAGCAGGUAGCCGACUAUUCGUCGUCCGUUUUGACAACUUCUUCAUUACCAACCUCGCAGCCCUCCCAGCUCGAUGA